AUGCAUACUACUCCUGCUCUUCAUCUCCUCCAGUGGCCCCUAAUUCGGGAUUUGGUCUCUGGGGUCUAUGAUCCGCAGCACCUUCUUCAAUUGGAGAUGGCCCGCGAACCAUUGCGGCUGACUCCGAAUUCAGGAUUUGAUUUGACAAAUGCAUCCACGUAUGCCCAGGCGUUUUUCAACUAUGGAAAUGUUUGGUAUGCCUGUGUGAACCCCUAUACAUGGAAUCGAUAUUAUCAAUCAGCUCUUGCGCAAGGAUUUCAAGAAGGGCCCAUGAGUUGCCUUGUUCUUCUGGUCUUGGCCCUAGGAAGCGCCAGCCAUAGUGGUAGUAUCUCGUUUGUGUCACCAGAUCGUGAACCGCCAGGACUUCCUUAUUUUGCCGCUGCAUGGAGCUUCCUACCGUCGGUCAUGAUGAGAAAUACUGUGGUCGCGGCGCAGUGCAUGGUCAUGGCCUCUGCCUACCUAUUCUAUCUAGUGCGACCCCUGGAAGCCUGGACCUUGCUAUCCAGCGUGAGCAUGAAAUUGCAGUUGUUGUUUGGCAGUCCAAAUCGAAUUCCGACUCAGUGGAGGGAGCUGAGUGUGAGGGUAUACUGGAACGCCUUAUUGUUUGAAAGCGAUCUUCUCGCAGAAUUAGAUCUCCCCCAUUCUGGCAUUGUCAACUUUGAAGAAAUUGUGGAUUUGCCAGGAGGCUUUGAGGAAGAAGAUGAGGAUGACGGGGAGGAGGAAGAUGGGGAUCAUAAUGAGGGCGAAGAACGCCGAACAGCCAGGAAAUAUCAGGGCUCAUCGCGGCCGGCUGACUCUCAGCUGGCUGUUCGGCGUGACGAACUCUGGUACUUCCUGGCGGAGAUUGCUCUACGAAGACUACUCAAUCGUGUCAGCCAUAUCAUUUAUCAGAAAGACAGCACCCACACUCUCGCAUCGUUGGGUCCGAUUGUCUCUGAGCUCGACUUUCAGCUAUCUCAGUGGUACGACAGUCUUCCGCGGUCCGUUCAAUUUCCUUUGACUCAAAAGCCUAUUGCCAAUCCGGUUCAAACGGUGCUGAGGCUUCGCUACAAUGCAUGCCGUACCAUUAUAUAUCGUCCAUACAUCUUGGCUGUUUUUGAAAAUGAACAGGCUGGAGCGGACCCAGGGGUGAAAGAGUGUUGCCGACGAUGCUUGGAUGCUACACUCCGUCAGUUGGAGCAUGUAACGAGCCACCGCGAAGGCCAUCUUCCAUACCUGUGGCAGGGUGCCCUGUCAAUGGUAUCACAGACAUUGCUGAUAAUGGGCGCCACAAUGUCUCCUACCCUAUCCAUCCUGCUCCCUCCCGUUCCACAGAUAGAUGGGAUCAUUGCGGGAGUUGUCAACGAGGUAGAGAGGUAUGCACACUUAGCACCUAGCCUGAAAUUGUCAGCCGAGAUUAUCCGAGAUGCAGAGAGACGACGACAGAUUUGUCUUCGAUCGGCCAAUAUGUGCCUUUGA